CUUCAUUUGAGUUUUUAUGGACAAUGGAAAUCAUCUCAUUAAAGCCAUUUGUCGUAUUUAUUCUGGCCACUUCAAUCCUGUUAGCUUCGAGGUCUGUCUGUGCCGAUGAAUCUGUGAUGUCCAAUCUUCACGACUGGGAACAUUAUGAUGAAUAUUUAAAGCCCAUAGGACACCCCAAUGAGAAGAAGCAAAGGAGCCUUAACCCUGAAGAGCUCUGGCAAUGGGACUCCAACAUGAUCCACAAGGGGCAAAACCCAAUGACAUACAAGAUCACCCAGCCAAUGCCCCAUCUACCCCUGAGAUUUGGAAGGUCCUUCGAAGAAGAAAGGAGUGUUGAGCCUGUGGCUAACUUGCCUCUCAAGUUUGGAAGGAAUUUCAAUGGUGGUAUCUCAAGGCGAAUCCCCAACUUGCCACAAAGAUUUGGAAGAGCAGCUGUCCAGAGUGUCAUGGGCUCCUCCAUCCAUUUGCCACAAAGGGUGCUGGGGUCACCAUCUGUAAAACAGCCAACUUACCCCAUGGCCAGCCAGCCUCGGGAAUUCCAGGCUGCUGAUGAAGGGGAGCUCAGGACCCUGGAUUUCCAUGAUUAUCUCACUAAGAAAGGUGAUGAAAAUAAAGUGAGUCAGGAGGAGUGGGAGGACCGGAGAGAAGCCCCUGACCCCAAGGUCAUGUGACAGAAUGGGUUUGGGCCAUGAGCAGCCAGGGGAGGUUAAGAAGCAUCAGUGGCUGUCAUAUUGUUUGCUUGGCCAUUGAUGAAGACAUUAUUGACUCUGACUUCUGCCACUUCCAACCCAUGCUUUCAGAGAACACUUGCAAUGCCCCCUGAAAUACUCUUCAUCUAAGAAGAAAUGGCAUUAACAGGACUAUAUGAUAGACCACUGAUGUUCCCCCCCCAAAAAAAAAAAGUUGGAUACAACUUUUCUUCUUCUGGUGAAAAUAGCCAAAAUGUUUGCCAAUUUUUAGAGAAAAAAAUGGUAAAGGUUUGAUUAGUGAUCUGGUCCAUGUGUUGGUAAAAAU